AUGACACGAAGAAAUUUAGAUUCCAAUAAUGAAGGAGAAGAGAAUGUAGAAGUUUCAAAUGUAAUACCAGUAACACUUUCAUUUGUUUUAUCACCACUUGGACAAGUUUUAGUACAACCUUCAGAUCAAUUUCCGAAUUUAACUGAAAGCAUUACGUCUUCAAAUACAAAACCACCACCUGAUAAAUUUAGGUUAUUAGAUUCAAAUGGAAUUGAAAGAUUGACAAUACCUACAAUACCUAGCUUAGCUCAAAUCUCUACAUUCCAAUCACAUUUACCGAUUGAUACACAUCUUGGAUUUAGUUCUGAAAAAGGUGUUCUCAAGAGACCUACUAUCGCUACUUAUUAUCCUGAUUGGAAUCUUGAUGUCUUAGCACCUGAACAGAUAGAUUACUCGAAAUAUGACUUGAUUGCUUUUGCAUUCGCCAUACCAACUGAAGAUUUCAGUAUUAAAUUUACACAAGAUGAUUCGAUUCAAACUUUGGAUAAACUUGUUAAAUAUGCACAUGGAAAUCAUACAUUAGUUUGUUUAUCAAUCGGUGGAUGGGAUGGAUCUAAAUAUUUUUCUUCUGCUGUUAAAACUGCUUCGAAUAGAGAAACGUUUGCAAAUAAUAUUAUUAAGAUUGCACAUCAACACAAAGUAGAUGGAAUUGAUAUCGAUUGGGAGUAUCCGGCUCAAGCGGGUAUAGCAGAUAAUACGGUGGAUGAUAAUGAUUCAACUGCGAUGUUAUUGUUUUUUCAUUUAUUGAGAGACAAGUUGGGUCCUUCAAUGAUUCUUUCGGCUGCAGUCACCGAUUAUACUUUUCUUGAUAAUCAUGGUCAUCGGAUGGUAGAUGUUAAAGCCUACGCAGAAGUCCUGGAUCAUAUUUUGAUCAUGAAUUAUGAUUAUGAUGAUGUUUCAGAAACUCCGGGUCCUAAUUCGCCUUUUUCAAAUGCUUGUGGUGAUGCAAGCCAACCUUCAGGUAAUAUGGUUAGCGCCAUAAACGCAUGGACAGAUGCAGGAUUUCCAGCUGAUAAGAUUUUAAUGGGAUUACCAGCUUAUGGUUACAUUCAUUAUGCAUCUAUAACAAAAAUGAUUCAUAGACGUCAUAAUGAAAUCUCACCUAGAACUAGAUUCCAACAAUAUACAGCUCAAUCAAAUCAUCAACUUCAUCGACGUCAAAAUGCUUGCACUGUGUCAAGUGUAAAUUGUCAAAUUGAUAGUUUUUUGGAAAAUCAAAAGGAUGAUGAAAUUGAUUCAUUGGGCAAAGCAGGAAACUUGAAAGAUUAUUCUGGACCUCAAAUCACAUUUCAUGAUUUAUUUAAAUGGGGAGUCCUAGCAAAGAACAUUACAAAUUCAAAAAUCGAGAUUAUGGCCAUUAAUGGAUACAAACUAGGAUGGGAUACGUGUAGUUCGACACCUUAUGCUUUCAAUGAAGCUACUCAAACGGUUGUCAAUUUUGAUGAUACCAGAUCAAUUGCAAUCAAAUCAGCAUAUGCAUUAAAAGUUGGGAUCGGUGGGGUUGGAUUUUGGGAUUUAACUGGUGAUCCUCAUUCAGUUUUAACUAAUGUAGCUAGAGCGAUUUUGAAAAAGACGUAG